CGGAUUCCACUAAGCCAGAAGGUGUGCAAGAACCUAACCUACCAUCCUUGGCAUCUUAUCGCAUACAGCAACCGGCAAUACUUGAAAAAUGUUGCAGCUUGGAUAGGUUUGGAUUUUUCGACCAAACGAAAGACGGACCAACUAUAAACGAAAUAUUGAAGUGGACAACACCCAACAGCAUUGUAACAUAUCACCCCAGAAUUCAACUCAGUCCCUACCUUGAUAGUUACUUGGGCUACUUCACAACUUACAUUGUUGCACGAAGUGGUACGCAUUUCCCGACCACACCAAACAUCCCAUCGCAUCGUACUAGAAAGAACUAGGGCACUUUUGGGGUGGAAUCACACCCAUUCUUUUGAAUGGUCACUCGCAACGAAAAACUGUCUGUCUGAAUGGGAAAAAGGGAAGGCGAGAGGGAGAGUGGAGGAGAACCGAUCUCACCCCCAAAAAUGGAUGUGACCAAAUGAGCUGGCUCCUAGUCCCAGCGACUCACUAGACGGAUGCUAUAGUACCAUCAUUGGCAUCAUCGUCAUCAUCACACCACAUACAUACCACACGCACGCACCUACCUACAUAUGCAUCUCCCACCUAAGAAAAGAACCGAAAAAACUGGGAAUGCAAACACAUUAUGGUAAUCACACCCUGAAUGAUGAAGUGUGUCUGAUAAAAGAGCUUCCCUUGGUGUGUUUCUCGUCUUCAAACGAGAGAUUAUUCGACUGUAUUUUGUCACACCCCUAUUGUGGGGAGGAUUGCUGGACCCCAAUCCAUACAUUCAGCUUUCAAUCCAUUUCGAGUGAGAGCGAAGACUCAAAACACAACAUACAGGCAAGGGCACUGGCUCAAGAAGCUCUUUGAAUUUUGAGCAGAAUUCGGCCGUGAUUGUUGGCUUUCAAGUCGUCUUAGUCGUCGGACGCAACUCGCCAUCCAUAAAUCUGGUGCCGUCUCGUUUGCUUGCCAUCCGAUGCAAAACGCAUAUAUAACAUUCUGAACGACGUUGUUCAUUCUCUCUGGCAAACAAAAAAAAAACCCGGACUUGGAGUUGAAUACCUAAUAUGAGCACAACGCUUUUAAAGUAGCGAAUUAAGAUAAGAUUGGCCAAAAUGAGCAAUAAGAAGGCCUCAACAGAUACCAGCUUCUUUAACACGGCCCAAGUGAAUGACAAUGGGCCUUUCGUUCGACGGCUUCAAAGCCACAUGCCUUGGCACGAUGAUGAUCAUCAUUCCCGCCGACGAAGACGUCAAUACCAUGGCAAACAUUUAUGGUUUGGCCUGCUGAUUUUGGCAGGCCUACCUUCCGGGGAAGCUAGGUCAGACCAAGUUCAAAGAUGCGAUGGUGGUGUGCUAAAAGUCAAGCAUGGACGAGUCGUCAAAGUCUUGGAUGAGUAUAGCUUGAUCGUUGGCUGCAAACCAGGGUUUGUCUUGAUAGGAUCGCACCAAGUCAAUUGCGGACCAGAUGGAACUAUAUUGAGCAAAAAACUACCAAAGUGUCGGAAAAGUAAGGCCAAGACGCCCACCACACGUCACAACAGAGACAAGAAAAAAGCCCGGGGAUCUCGUCACCAGCCAAAGUUUACUGCUCAGUCAAGCCAACACGAGAACUCGAUCAAGUUAUCGGUGCUGCGAAAUGAGUUAGGAAACAUCCAUCGUCGGAUUUCUCCUCAAAGUAAAUACCAAGAUCUGAUGGUGGGUGAUGAGCCUCAGGAGGACAACGAAUACGACGAUGCCGAAUACUACGAUGACUAUGAUGGCUAUGAUGGCUAUGAUGACUAUGACAAUUAUGAAGGGGAUGACUACGACGAGGAAUAUGAUGAAGAGGGUGAUUACGAAAACACAGAUUAUGGCCUUGAUGACAAACUUGAUGGGAAUGGCGAGGAUGUUGAUCUGGAGGGUGAUGAUAUCUAUGACCAGACUUUGGACGGGCUCGAGACUUACGAUGAGAACUUGGAAGCAGCAGACACUUAUGAUGACGAGAAGUCCGAUCAGGUUGAAACAACGGAAACGAGAGGAUCUUAUGAUGAGGAUGUAGAGGCUGAAGGCAACGAUCAAUACGGCGAUUUUUAUGACUACAACUACGAUGACAGAUCGGAAACCAAGCCCGAAAAUCCACCUAUCCGCACUAACCUCACCGAUAGUACAAACCAAAAUGCUGAGUAUUAUGAUGUAGAUGAACCUCUUGAAGCCUCGAUCCCCAGCAAAUCAUCUGACCGUGGGGAAAAAGAAUAUGAGGCAACGGAAAGAGAAGAGGACAGCAACUACAAUUACCAAACCGGGGAAUAUGACGAAAAUCGUGGUGAAGAAUUUGCCGAAGAAGGCAAUUUGCCAGCUGAAACAAGUUCAACUCAAACGAAUGCACUUGAAGAAGAUCGCCGUUUUACAGAUGAUGAGGACCUCAGUUUUGGAAGUGGAUCAGUGAGUCCUGAUGAUGAGGAUUUGGGUUACGGUUCGGGUGAUUACGACGGUUACCCUUCUGAUUAUGGCCCCACAACAACUGCUCCUCCAACCUCAACAACAACAACAACAACAACGACCAAAACCACCACCACCACCACCACCACCACCACAAAGACUACGACCAAAACCACAACAACGACGGCCUUUACAACUGCCACUGAUGAAAUUACUUCAACCAUCAUGGUAGUCGAUUGGACAACCGCCUCUCCUGGUUCCUCCAUAUCCAAGGUUAAGCCAACUGAUUCAGUCAUAGUAACCGAUGAUGAAGACUUAUACAACGAGUUGAAUAUUGACCAUGAAGGAUCAGGAUUUGAUGACGGAUCUGGAGAGGAUGAAACUAAUGCGGAGUCGGAGAACGACUCCGACACCCAAUCAGCCAUGACAACCAUAUCAAUUGAAGAACGACAACAGAUUAGAAAUUCCUUCUACAUACAAAAUGAGGCCGAUAUUCUGAGGUUGGACACGUCGUGUGUCCUAGAGUUCAAGGAGGCACCCGAAAUUGAGCACGCUACCGUCCGAGGCUAUGAUCACAGGGUCGAAAAUGUCGCCUCCCCUGGAAAAUUUUAUGCUGAAGCCUCGUACAAAUGUGACAAAGGUUACGAGUUUGAGGACCCUGCUUUGAGCAAGUUGUAUUGCUCUGAAAACGAUUGGAUCGGGAAGAGACCCAUGUGCUUACCAGGAUCCACCCAUCCCGACGCUGUCCCAGAGUGCCAACCGGAAGAUGCUCAAAAAUGCGACCAGUUGUGUGUUUUAGAAGGAGAUUUUCAGCCCUUGUGCCAAUGCUACGGGGGCUACACUCUCAAUCAGAACGGACGCACAUGUGACGAUAUCAAUGAAUGUUCUUAUGAAAAUGGGGGAUGUGAUCACCAAUGCAUCAAUAAACCAGGAACCUUCAUGUGCGAGUGUGAGCCGGGGUUCACUGCUCAAGGCAACUAUUGCAUCGACAUCAACGAGUGUCUCCUUAACAAUGGACACGGGCCUUGUCAGGACAAGUGUAAAAACACUGAAGGAGGAUAUCAAUGCUCAUGCGAAGGCCUUCCCGGAACAGUUCUCUCCGAGGAAGACCAACACACAUGCCAAGAUAUGAAUGGAUGCAAGAAAAACAACGGAGGAUGCUCUCAUGAAUGUAUUCACAGCUACGGUCAAGUGUUUUGCUUGUGUCCUUCUGGCCUUGAACUGGACAAGGAUUGGAAAACGUGCUUGGACGUCGACGAAUGUGCCUCGGGGGCGCUAAAGUGUUCCGGGUCUUGUGUCAACACCCCGGGAUCAGCACAUUGUGCGUGCGAUCCUGGCUUUGAAAUGAAUGAAAAGCAUGAAUGCUUGGAUGUGGACGAGUGUUUCGAGAGCCUCAACCCUUGCAGUCAUGAGUGCUUGAACAGUCUCGGCUCAUUUGAAUGCACUUGUCCAUUCGGCUACAGCCUCGAUGAAGACGGCUUGAUCUGUCGAGAUAUGGACGAAUGUUCAAUCGAUAACGGAGGAUGUGAGCACGAGUGUGUCAACCGUGAAGGAGGACACGAGUGUCGAUGUCGAUCGGGAUUCAUGACUGAUCCGAGCAACGUCAAUUAUUGCCAAGAUGUGGACGAGUGUGAGGACGAUCCUUAUCGAUGUCAUCACGGUGACUGUCUGAACAAUCAAGGCUCAUUCGUUUGCGAAUGUCAUCAGGGGUUUGAACUCUCCCCUGAAAAUUUGUGCGAAGAUGUUGAUGAAUGUGGGGACGACCCUUGUGGAGAUGUGGGUCAAUGCGUUAACAGCUUGGGCUCUUAUGAGUGUAAAUGCCUUCGAGGAUAUUUAUUUCACAAUGGUACUUGCAUCGAUAUCAACGAAUGCUUGCUAGGAAAUCCAUGCAUCAAUGGCGACUGCGUCAACACUGAGCCAGGGUACGAUUGCGUCUGUUUCAAGGGAUUCAUUUUCCACAACGGAGUUUGCGAGGACCAAGAUGAAUGCCAAUUCGAUAACCCAUGUGGGCCCAACGGAUCGUGUCAGAAUCUGGUCGGGGAGUAUCAAUGCGCUUGUGACGCGGGUUAUGCGUUCGAUGAGACCACUUGUGUGGAUGUGGAUGAGUGUGAGCAAGAUCCAUGUGGUAGACACGGUGAUUGUGUAAAUAUGCAGGGCUCUUACAUCUGCCGUUGCCAUCCCGGCUUUGAGUUAGUGCAAGGUAUUUGCGAAGAUGUCAAUGAAUGUUUGGAUGAUCUAAAUUGCGCCUCAGGCACUUGCAAUAAUCUCCCUGGGUCGUAUGAAUGCGCUUGUCCCAAUGGGUACCAUUUGCCAUUUGGCUCCACAGAUUGUGAGGAUGUCAACGAAUGUGAAACAGAAAAUGGUGGCUGUCACCACGAGUGCGCUAAUACUCCCGGAUCAUAUGUCUGUCGAUGCAACGAUGGAUUCGAGGUCAAUCCAAGUAAUGAGAGACUCUGUGUGGAUCACGACGAAUGCCAAAGCAAUCUGCAUGGCUGUAGUCACAAAUGUGUCAACAACAUUGGCGGCUUUGAAUGUCAAUGCCAUCGUGGAUAUGCCGUUGAUCCUGCAGACCCUAAGGCUUGCACUGAUAUUAAUGAAUGUCUGGUUCAAAAUGGGGGAUGCAUGCACGAAUGCGUGAAUAACGUGGGAUCAUUCAAUUGCUCUUGCCGAGCAGGAUUUUGGACCCCACCUUCGGAGCCGAGUGAUUGUCUCGAUUUAAACGAGUGUCUUAACGACGAUAAAGGUGGAUGCUCUCACAUCUGCCAGAAUCUCGAAGGUUCCUUCAAAUGUGAUUGCCCACCGGGCUACAAGUUGAAGCAUGACGGGAAAACGUGUAAACGGAUUCACAAAAAGGUCGAUGCUGCAUGCAAAUCUGCGAAACGACCUCGUCACGGGUUCUUGAAAUGCAACAAGCGAAAAAAUAACGGCCGUUUUCCGGUGGGUACGAAAUGCAAAUUGAAAUGCCGUCGGGGCUUUCGACCCACCAAUGUUAUGCGAAAACGAUGCCUGGCCGAUGCCACAUGGAGGGGCCCCGACGCAUUAUGCGAACCCAUCAGCUGCCCCGGCAUUCCUCCUAUUUCCAAUGGAUGGGUUGAGCCCCUAAAUUGUCAGCAUGGAACCCAUCGAUUGGGCACCAAGUGCACGUUCCAGUGUUUACCCGGUUUUACACUCACCGGUCCCUCUGAGACGAAAUGCACCGGGAAAAGCACGUGGAGAAACUUGACCACUCUCCCCACAUGUACGAACGAGUUUCCCAAGCCGUUUAUUAUUUGCCCACCGGAUAUGGUCAAGCCACUGCCAGGGUCCUCAACUUCGGUUUACGUCAUGUUCGCCCAACCCAAAACUAACGUGGACUGGUUCAGAUAUGUGGACAGCGAGCCCAAGUGGGCUAAACAACUCGAAGGUGAGAUGAUACGUGGUAAGCACGUGGUCACGUUCAGAGCUAAAAGUCCAGUGGGAAACCAGGUAGCCUCCUGCCAGAUGAUUAUUCAUAUCCAGGAUAAAGAGCCACCCACUGUUCGGAAAUGUCCAAGUUCGUUUGAUCGGACAUUAACGCCCGGACAAUCCUCCAUCAUGGUUACUUGGAUUGAACCCAUCUUCCAUGACAAUGUGCAGAUUCAGCAUGUCAUGGCCUCCUAUCUACCAGGGCACUACUUCUCUAAAGGGCGUCACGACGUCUUGUACACUGCCACAGAUGCGGAUGGGAACAAGGCCAAAUGUGGCUUCACCAUCACCAUCUACGUUGCACCGCCGCAUUUGGUGGGCGUGACAUCUCGUCCCACGUUCCGUCCACAACAGCAAUUGCCCGCGCCCCUUGGGAGUGCUACUCACUCUAACUCGAACGCGAGACACCACGCUCGUCCUAGAUCUCGACAGCAUUCGUUUUACAGCCGAUUCUCGAUACCAGCCAAAUGCCACGAUGUACCCGAAAUACAAAAUGGUCAAAUGGAAUGCAUAGACUCACAUAUAGGAAAGAAAUGCACUCCGAAAUGCGACCCGGGUCAUGAAAUCUAUCAGAAAUUUGGAAGUCGCAUCCCCACAUAUUUGUGCAACAACUUCAGAGUGGAUUGGGAAAUCCGGCGCUUUAUUCCGGACUGCAGCCCGGUCAAAGCGCUCUCGAGUGGCACGAAAUGUGAAUCUGGAUGGGAGACUAUACAAGAUCAAUGCUUUGCUUGUCCACCAGGUAUGUUUAGGUCCGAGUUUGAUCUCCUGUGCCAUGAUUGUGCCAAAGGAUUCUAUACUGAGUCUUUUGCCUCGGAGAGUUGUUCAGAAUGUCCACUGCACCAUACGACGCGAACCCGCGGUAGCCGCUCGUCGAGUUCCUGUCACUAUUAUCGACCUAAAACCGAUGGCAAUAUCUAUGGAAGAGGUAACUACGCAGAGCGAAAACCGAAUCUAGGGUUUCAGCUCUACAACCGAUGGUCCAAUGUCAAAAAAUCCAAAAGAAAUGUCGCUGCUAAGACCAAAACUGUCAAAUCUUAGAUAAACGUCAUUUCUA